AUGUGCGACGCCAAUGCCAACGGGGAGCGAUGCAUCGGUGCAUGGAACAGUGUGCGUCCGGGUCGGACCGUGUACCUGACACUGGCCUUCGAGAUCAACCGCGGACCGACGGAUCUGACGCCCAUCUUGGACGCCGGCCAGUUUACCGACUGCACGCUGAUCUCCAGCGAUGGACGCACCUUCUCGGCGCACCGUGCUAUCCUGGCGGCCGUGUCACCCAUCUUCAUGGAACUUUUUGAGAAACAGGGAGACCAUCCGCCCAGCCACUUUCUGAUCGACCUCACCGGGGAGCUCUUGGAGACGCUGCUGCAGUACGUGUACGAUCGGAUGCCGAUGAAGUUGGCCGGACGACUGGAGGAGUUCUGGGCGGUGGCGGAGCAGUUCGAGAUGACGGCGCUGCAGUGUGCCUGUGAGGAUAUGAUGAUGGCGGAUGUUGGGAGGGAGAACGCGAUGAAGUACUUUGAUUUUGCGCGGGAACGUGGACUGGAGCAUCUGCAGCGGAAGGCGGCUACGUGCAUUGCUAGCGACCAGUAA